AUGCAAAGUUCUAGAUUGAAAAAGAAAGAAGGCUAAGGGUGUGAUUUGUAAAGAAAACUAUUUAGUAUUUUAGUAACUUUUUUUCUAGUGUUUGGUAAGUUGAAAUAUUGUAACUAAUAGAGUAGCAUUUACAUAUAAUCUUAGUCCAUGUAAGGGUCAUUAGGAUGGAAUGUCAUUUACGGAACUUAUUUUCUAAAAGUCAUUUUUCUGAUUUUUCAGAAACUUGUUAUCCUAGUCAUUUGAAAACAAAAGGGCUGGAAUUAUACUGAAUAAUUGGUCCCAGAUUGAGCAAAAUCCUUACGGUAGUGUAAGCACCAGAGAUUAUUCUCAAGAGUUGUUAAUUCAAAUCUGAAUACCAAUAUUCCAUAGCCAUUGUUUUUAUGAGCUAGCAACAUGAAGUCUACUAGUGUCUUCUUGUUUUUAUUAUUGCUGUACUUCAAAUGUGAUUCUAGGGACAUGAUAACUUCAAGGAACAUAUUAUCAAACAAAAGGAAAACUCUAGUGUCAGCUGGACAGAUAUUCGAGCUGGGACUCUUCAACAAACGAUCUAAAGAUGGAGAAAUAAGAAAUUAUGUUGGCAUAUGGUACCAGGUGAGUCCAGAAACUAUUGUGUGGGUUGCCAAUAGGGACAAACCAAUUCCCAUAUCAGAAGAAAUUUUGGCUAUUGACAUUGAUGUUGAUGGUAAUCUCAAAGUGUUGGACUCAACAAGCAACUCUUAUUUUUCAACAGGACUUGUUAGUGCAUCUUCUUUUAAGCGUACAGCAAAGCUCUAUGACUCAGGAAAUUUGGUUUUAAUUGAUGAUUUGUCAGGGAAGAGAUUGUGGCAAAGUUUUAACAACCCCACUGACACUUUCCUUCCUGGUAUGAACAUGAACAAUGCAUUGAAGUUGACUGCUUGGAGUGAUACAAAAAAGGAUCCCAGCACUGGAAAUUACACGUUUCAGCAAAGUCCAGGAAGAAAAUUUGAGUACACCAUACUAUUCCAAGAUACAACCCUUCGCUGGAAAGGCUCUGCUCCACCUGCUUAUGCCAAACCCUUUAGUUUCAGUGAACUUCCAUCCUUGGUGGUGUCAAUGUUAAACAAUUUCAGUGAUAACACUAAUACUUUGGCGUCAGACUUCAAUUACACUAGGCUCGUAAUGAAUUCCUCAGGGGAAAUACAAUUAUAUGGCUGGUUUAGCGAGAGUCGAGGGUGGUUUCAGAUGUGGUCAGAACCACAAGGUCCAUGCGAGGUGCAGGACAUUUGUGGGAACUUUGGAAUUUGCAACAGUGGGUUUAUGUCUCGGUGCAAGUGUUUGCCAGGAUUUGACCCUGUUUCUAUAGAUGAAUGGACGGUUGGGACUUAUACUGAUGGUUGUUCAAGAAAGCCAGUUAGUAGUUGCAACAAGAAGUCAGAAUUCGACACAUUCUUAAAUAUGCACUUAAUGAAAUUUGAGGAGCCAGACAUGCCAUAUGUGGAGGCUAAAAGUGAAGAAGAUUGCAGAAAAGGGUGUCUAAGAAACUGUAAGUGCCUAGCAUAUUCAUACUUUGAACAACCUAUAGCAGAGAGAGAAACUUCUAGCAUGGAAACUGUACCUAGUUGCCAGAUUUGGACGAAAGAUCUCAACAAUCUUCAGGAGAACUAUACUGGUGGCCACAAUCUCUCUGUCCGCGUAACAAUUACUGAUAUUGGAGCAAUAACAAGGAGAAAUUGCAAGCCUUGCGGCUCAAACAUUAUACCUUAUCCAUUGAGCAGUCAACCAAAUUGUGGGGAUCCUUUGUAUUAUAGUUUCUCUUGUGAUGAUUUAACUGGACAAGUACAUUUCCGGACACUGAAGGGCUCAUAUCCUGUCAUUGACAUAAAUAAGGAAAACAGAACAUUCGUAAUACAAGUGCGUGCAGAAAAUGCUGGUAAUUCAUGUGAUACCAAAACUAAAAUUUUAUGGCUCAAUCAGUCAUUGCCCUUUCAUCGUAUAGACCAGUGUGAUGAAGGAAAAUCACAAAACCUCAGUCCUGGUGGAUUAAGAAAUGGAAUACACAUCAUGUGGAAACCACCACCAGAACCUACAUGCAAAACUUCUGCAGAUUGUGGGGAUUGGCCAAAUUCAAGUUGCAACAUCAGGGAGGGACAAGGUCAGAGAAGGUGUCUAUGUAAUAAAUACUACAAAUGGGAUGAUUUAGCAUUAAAUUGUACCAGAGUUUCGUUUGGUUCAGAGCAUGCAGGACAAAGAGGAUGGAGUGGAGAGAAGGCAACAUCCUUGAAUCUCAAAGUCCUGAUUAUUUCUGUCAGUCUAGCUGCUGGAACUAUAACCAUUUGCUAUGUAAUUUACAAUAGAAAAAAGGUGGCAAGAAGGAAAGCCAAGAAAAUAAGUUUGGGGAAUGGGAUAGAGUAUUUGUCCGAGUGUGGAGGUUCAUCUAAAUAUUUGGUAACGGAAGAUGAUAAGAAACGGAUAGAUCUCCCAUUUUUCAACUUGGAAAGCAUACUAGUCGCUACUGACAACUUCUCAGACGCAAACAGGCUUGGUCAAGGUGGAUUUGGCCCUGUUUACAAGGGUAAGUUCCCUCAAGGACAAGAAAUGGCAGUUAAGAGGUUGUCAAGUCAUUCUAGUCAAGGUGCUGAAGAAUUUAAAAAUGAAGUAAUGUUAAUUGCCAAACUCCAACACAGAAAUCUAGUGAGACUUUUGGGCUACUGCAUCGAGGAGAACGAAAAGAUCUUAUUAUAUGAACAUAUGCCCAACAAAAGCUUAGACACCCAUAUAUUUAAUCAUAGUGUACACCCAUUGUUGGAUUGGAAUAUCCGCUUCAAAAUUAUAUUGGGCAUUGCUCGUGGACUUCUUUAUCUACACCACGACUCCAGAUUACGUAUCAUUCAUAGAGAUCUAAAAACGAGCAAUAUUCUAUUAGACGAAGAGAUGAAUGCCAAAAUAUCAGAUUUUGGCUUGGCCAGGAUUGUUGAAGGCAGAAAUAUUGAUGCUAAGACGCAAAAGGUCGCCGGAACUUACGGCUAUCUUGCACCAGAAUAUGCAUUGGAAGGACUUUUUUCAAUCAAGUCUGAUGUUUUUGCUUUUGGUGUGGUUGUACUGGAAAUCAUUAGUGGAAACAAAAACUUGGAUGUUCUUGAAGACUCAAACCUCUUGGGUCAUGCUUGGAAGCUAUGGAUAGAAAAUAAGGCAAUGGAGAUAAUGGAUCAAAGUCUAGUGGAUACAUUCAAUGAAAUUGAAGUAGCAAAGUGCAUAAACGUAGCACUUUUAUGUGUGCAAGAAGAUCCAGGUGAUAGACCAAUUAUGUCCAAUGUGAUAAUUAUGCUUGGAAGUGAAAGCAUGGCUCUUCCAAGACCUAAUCAACCAGCUUAUGUCACAAGGAAAAAUUACACAAUAGGAGCAAGCACAUCUUCUUCCUCUUCUUAUAAUCAUAAUAAUUAUUAUUAUGAUUCAUUCACUGGCUCUAAAAAUGAGUUGACCAUCACUGAUAUGCAAGGCCGAUAGAUUAUAGUCAAUUGAUUCAUGAAGCAUUUUCGAUAUGCAUAUAUAGAAUGACACUAUUUGUUGUAAUUAUAAGUAGGCGGAUCUAGGUAGAGGAGAGGGAAUGCAUGGGCACUCGAACACUCGAGAAGAACUUCAUAUGUAAAUAUCUCGAGUAUAUAUAUAUAUAUAUAUAUAUAUAUAUAUAUAGAAUUUAGAAUCACUGGGUGUAAGCAUAUAAAUAUAGUACUAAUAGGAUAGGAUUAGCAAUACUACUGUCGACUAUUCUCUUGUAUGGAACACACAACUGAAGCAGACAUGUUGAUGCUUAGCUCUGUGCUUAUAGUGAGAGAAGCAGACAUGGUGAUGCUUAGCUCUGUGCUUAUAGUAAUUCUCAGCAUUGAUUUUCUUUUAUCUCUA